UUACCCAACUCAUGUAAUACAGGUAGGCCCUGUAAUGAAAGCAAUAAUAUUUACCUUAAGUUUGUCCUUGUCCAAUUCAUCUGGGUGGUCCUGGAACCUGAGUUUGAAAGCUUCUGUCCUAGUUGACAUUGUCUUCAGAGACCUUAUACUGUAUAACACUAAUGCUAGUUCCUUGGGAACAAUGAGUAAUUAAAAAUAUAUGUCCCACUCUGUCUUCCAAGUCUUGGACCAGCAUUGGUUGUACUAUGAAAGGAAAGUCUAAGUCAUGAAUGGUUGAUGGUUGGGGGAAACCUCUGGGUGAAUGGUUUUAGUUUUUUAUAUGUAUUUUUUAAAACAUUGAUAUUCCAAGAUGCUCCCCCAAUAAUCCUUCAAUGUAUUGGCAUAAAGCAUCUGGCUGAAACACAAGGCCUUCAUGUGUUUUAUAAGGCCUGAAGUCGUGUUCUCUAGCUACAAGGACGCAUACACUACACUCCAGCCCGCUGAUGUCCCAGUCAGGCCAACAUGGGCCUGCUACACCCAUUGCCCUCUGACCACAAGGAUGUGAAACUGUCAGCUGAAGUGGAGCCAUUCAUCCCAAAAAAGAAAGGUCUGGAAGGAUCCCUGGUCGCCAUGAGCCUGUCUGGAGAAGGAGGAGGUGGGGGAGGCGGGGUGGAGCCUACCCCAAUACCCAGCUACCUCAUCACCUGUUACCCUUUUGUCCAGGAGAACCAACCCAACAGGCAACAGCACCCCAUCUAUAAUGGAGGAGGGGACCUGCGCUGGCAGCAGCCCAACCCCAGCCAAGGUGGUCCAUACCUGGCUUACCCCAUCCUGUCUUCCCCCCAGCCUCCAGUACCCAAUGACUACACAUACUACCAGAUCAUGCCUGCCCCCUGCCCCCCCAUGAUGGGCUUUUACCAGCCGUUCCCUGGAACAUACGCCGGGCCCUUGCAGCCUGGUGUGGUAAACCCUGUAUCAACUGAUGUCAGUGAGAGACCACCCCCUCUGGGACAGGCAUUUGGACUAGCCAGUCAGAGAGGAGGCAGAGGUGUCGUCAGACCUGCUGCUCUCCCCAAGCAUCCGCAGCAGCCAGUGGGGUUGUGUCCGCCGCUGAGAUCCAGGAGGCCCCCCACGAGGAGUGUAGCAGUCCAGAAGGAGGGGUGUUCCUCAGGGCCAGACGGUAGGACCAAGACUGUCCUACUGGUGGAUGCUGCUCAGCAGACUGAUUUCCCGGGCGACAGUGCGUCUGGUCGUGGUGCGUCCGAGUGGGAACGGGAGCAGGUCAGCCCACUGCAGUGGAAGAACCGACCCCGGAGGAGGCGGGCUUCACACCCUACCGAGAGCUCCAGCGAGCAGGGUACCAGUGAGGCUGACAUUGACAGUGACAGCGGAUACUGUAGCCCCAAACACAACCAGCAGGCCUCUGGGGCUACGCAACGUACAGCUGUUACAGCCCCUACGGGAGUGGAAGCAGGUGUAAUGACAGUGAGCUGGGUGAAUGUAGCAUCUCAGGCCACUCAGAAGCCGUGGUCAGACAACAGAAGCACCCCGUUCCACAGGUCAGGGAACUACUCACAGCAGGAUGUUCAUGCUGGGUACCAAGGUGGGCGUGUCUGUCCUAACUCCGCUCCUGCAGAAAGCAGCUGUGGCCUGCAGCAGAGACGGCUCCAGCCCAGAGUUGGUCCUGGGACUGAGCUGGCAUCAGAUGCUGUGUAUCGGCAGCAGCCUGGGGCGGAGAUUGCUCCUGAGCCCCUCUACUUUGAGGAUGAGGAGGAGUUUCCAGAGCUGGUCUCAGGAGGAGGAGCACCGAGAAACAAUAAACCAGACCCUAACCCUGCCCAGAACCAGUCCCAGACCAAAUUAACCAAGAACCUGCUGGAUAACCUUCCAGAGAACUCUCCCAUCAACAUCGUCCAGACUCCCAUUCCCAUCACCACCUCCGUCCCCAAGAGGGCCAAGAGUCAGAGGAAAAAGGCUCUGGCAGCUGCUCUGGCUACGGCACAGGAAUACUCUGAGAUCAGCAUGGAGCAGAGGAAACUACAGGAGGCACUGACUAAAGCAGCUGGGAAGAAGAGUAAGACUCCAGUCCAGCUGGACCUGGGAGACAUGCUGGCUGCCCUGGAGAAACAGCAGCAGGCCAUGAAGGCCAGACAAAUAAACAACACCAAACCACUCUCCUUUACAGUGGGCACCACUGCUCCUUUCCAUGGGUCUGGCCCAGGUCCGGGCGUGGCAUCAGCGUUGAAGGCCCAGCAGUCCUACCCUGCCCCCCACAACAUACUGGACUCCAGCGCCCCACGGCUGAAGAGGGGCAAGGAGAGGGAGAUCCCUAAAGUCAAACGACCCACUGCCUUGAAGAAGAUCAUUCUGAAGGAGCGUGAGGGCAAGAGAGGGAAGCUGUGUGUGGACCAGUCUGCAGCCAGCCAAGAGGAGCAAGGGGAGGAGGAGCUGAACUUCACAGAUGACCUGUCACGUGAGCCCCCUUCUCAGGAGGAGAACGGUCUGAGUGUACCCAGUGAUGAUGCGUCCCUGUCUCCGGCCAGUCAGAACUCACCAUACAGCAUCACGCCCGUUUCCCAGGGUUCCCCUGCAUCCUCUGGCAUCGGCAGUCCCAUGGCCUCUAACGCCAUCACCAAGAUACACAGCCGCCGCUUCAGAGAGUACUGCAACCAGGUCUUGAAUAAGGAGAUCGAUGAGAGUGUGACACUGCUGCUGCAGGAGUUGGUCCGGUUCCAGGAAAGGGUGUACCAGAAGGACCCCACCAAAGCCAAGGCCAAACGCAGGCUAGUCAUGGGCCUUAGAGAGGUCACCAAACACAUGAAGCUCCACAAGAUCAAGUGUGUGCUAAUCUCCCCUAACUGUGAGAAGAUCCAGGCCAAAGGCGGUCUAGAUGAAGCUUUGUACAAUGUGAUUGCCAUGGCCAGGGAGCAGGAGAUCCCCUUUGUGUUUGCUCUGGGUCGGAAAGCUCUGGGCCGCUGCGUCAACAAACUGGUGCCUGUCAGUGUUGUGGGCAUCUUCAACUACUCCGGAGCGGAGGGUCUGUUUAACCGGCUGGUGUCUCUAACGGAGGACGCUAGGAAGUCCUACAAGGACAUGGUGUCAGCACUAGAGCAGGAGCAGGCAGAGGAGGCCCUGAAGAACGUCAAGAAGGUCACCCACCACAUGGGCCACUCCCGGAACCCCUCUGCUGCGUCCGCCAUCUCCUUCUGCUCGGUGAUCUCCGAACCUAUCUCUGAGGUCAACGAGAAGGAGUACGAGACCAACUGGAGAAGUAUGGUGGAGUCGUCGGACGGGCUUGAGCCUGUAGAGACUGAAGCCAGCUGUCCUGCUCUUUCCUCUGGGUCACUUAGAGACAGGCAGGGCCCUCCCUCCAGCACCAGCCACAGCCCUUACCAUACAGCCCUCCAGCUUAGAGCAGCUGCCCCUGCCCCAGCCUCCGGGUCAGGGGAGAGAGAGGAUGGACGCACAGAUGACCGGUUGGAGCUGGCCUCCCAGCAGAGCACAGAGACAGGCAGCCUUGAUGGGAGCUGUAGGGAUCUCCUUAACUCCUCCAUCACUUCCACCACCUCCACCCUGGUCCCUGGCAUGCUGGAGGAGGCAGAAGAAGAGGAGGAGGACGAGGAGGAGUAUACUCCAGACCCCAUCUCUGUGGAGGUGCCUGCAGUCAUCAGCCGCAUUGAGUCCUGGGUGUCUAAGACCUUGGAAAACCUUCAGCUGGGGAAGGGCCACGACAGCACGGAGGAGGAGGAGGAGGAGGAAGAAGAGGAGGAGGAGGAGGAAGAAGAUGAAGAAGAGGGAGAGCAGAGUGAGGAGGAUGAAGAGUUGGAUUCUGCUGAUGUCACGGAGACUGGGCUGGAGAAGAUUGAGGACAAGAUCAGUGCUUGAUCAGACCUUAUUAAUCUAAUAAUAUCUCUUACUCUCAACUCACCCUCACGUCUCCCAAACUCCCCUAACAUAACCUCUCACCUCUCACACACUCCCCUAACAUAACCUUUCCCCUCUCCCACACUCCCCUAACAUAACCUUUCCCCUCUCACACACUCCACUCACCCUCCCACCCUCCAUCUCUCAUGUGCAGUGUUGAACCAGCAGCUCUCUUCUGUAACUUUGGACAUCAGACAUUAUCUCAGGAAUCUGAAGGAACACACCCACCCUCAGACUAAUCUACCAACCACAGACGGCAAAAUCUCUCCUGGUCUCUCUGAUGGAUAGACUCCUCUCAACAGCCUUCAACUGUGGCCACUGGCCUUGUGGGACUGGUCUGAUGUGGCUGAGGGAAGGCCAAGCCUGGCUGUCCCCCCGUACCACCACUCCCGGUUCCCCAGCUGUGCAGAGAGGCUUUCCCUUCCUCCGUCUCUGUCUGUAUGACGCAGAACCACCGAGAUGAAAGAACUCUGAAGGAGACUGCUGACUGUAGAACUACUCACCGGAGGAGAAUUUCCCCUCUUUUCAGAGAUCCAUUUCCUCUCCCUGGCAGUUGAACAGAUGUCUAUGACAUGUUAAGGAAUUGGUUCCAUUCAUUAUGUUUUGUUCCUGUGCGUACCUCUGAUUGGCUUGGUCUGUCAUUCUUCCAAAACCACACUGGCACGUUGUUAGUGAUUGAGAAAAAAAAGUCUGGUAGCUUUCCCAAAAUUCCCAGAGUUCUCCAGGAAUCCUGGUUUUAAGAAGAUGGGACUGGGGAAUUUUUGGAAAGUUUGUGACAUUUUGCAUACCUACAUGUUGUGUUUCUGAUGUUGGUCAACCUUCUCAGCCAGUGUAAUAUAUAGACAUCAUUACUUUAGUUAGUACUUCCUUCAUCACACCUCUGUGUCUCUAGGAUUAACGGUGGCAAAUGGGAAAAAGUAGUGUUUGAAAGUUUCUGAUUGAAAUGACAUGAAAUAUACUAACAGUAACUGAAACUAGAACAAAUUGUUGAUGUAAAUAACCUGUAUAGGUGUUUCUGAGACUAACCUGUAAUAAUGAUAAUAAUAUUGACCAGUGUAAAAAUGUUUUGUUUGGUGUUUUGAGUGGAUUAUGUUGUUGCUUGCUGGCAGCUACCAUCUGUAUUUUACAAAUGUUUAGAGCCAUGGUUCUCUCACCACUCCUGGGAACCCUCAACUGUCUAACAAUUUUGUUGUGGCCCCAGACUAGCUCAUGCCAUUAAGGCUUUCAGAAUUAAUUGACAAGUUGAUUCAGGUGUGCUAGCUCUGGGAUGCCUCUAAUAUAUGGAACAGCUGGGGUUCCCCUGGAGAGCUUUGAAUACACCUGGGUUAGAGGAAUUAACUGGGAGAAAGAAUUCUGCCGUGGUCGUUCUCUUGUGGCAUCUGACAGGUUAAUGUAUUCUACUGAGUGGGACUUGCAACUUCAUUGGCUGACACCUCUUGAUGACCUGGUUGGUCAUGUGAUCAACUCAAACUGGGUCGUCAGAUAGGAUUGGCCAAUAUAUUAUACUUGAUUACUUCAACCUAGGGAUAGCCUCAGUAGUGCUGCCCUUGCUAAAACAGACACCAUACUCGCAUGGACCCUCAAAUGAGAUCUCUUUCCAUCUCUUUUUUAUUUAAAUUUUUUUACUAUAGCCAUAGUUGGUAAAAAUUGCGAGACAUCCUACUGUCCAAUCAUUUGUCUUGUUGGGCUGAAUUGGGGAGGGGAGAAGACAGUAAGAAGAUUGGAUCCGGUUCACAUCAAAGAUUAGGUACAUGCCACAGCCACUUGGAGAGAGCACAGAGACCAUGAAAAUGAUUGAAUGAUCAUCCUUUGUCCACCAACUUUGCUGUAGCUUUCUGGGAUGUAUCGGGUUGUCUCUGGUUUGAUUAGUUAAGGUCCCCUUCCGCUGACCGGUGAAACGCGUGUGUGUGUGUGUGUGUGUGGGGACAGGUAAAUGUACUGUAAUUAGCUGUCAUCAAAGACUUUGGGCGUUUUUAGUUGACAUGUAGUAGGCCAGCCUGUCCGUGGUUAUGUGACAAACUGUAUACACAGGGGUCAAAGGUCAGAUGUUGGUAUCUGGCUGACUAGAAAAAAAGGGGGCAGAGCCACUACAUGAAACCACGUGCAUAUUAAUAAAAUAAUUAUGCAGAUCACACGUUAUCUAUGUAAAUAAAUUGUGAGAAAAAUAAUGUUUAAACUACAGUGUAAGUAACACCCAAAUCACUUUGUUCUUAGGACCAUUUGGUAGAGGAAUAACAUCAACAUUUUUGAUGACAGAGGACCUACAAAUCAAGUUAUGUAUUGUUAAAUAGAGAAGGAGGAUCCAUGUGUACCUGUGAUGUGUUGCCUGAGGGGGGAGGGCCGGGAGGGAAUUGGGAGGUGUGUGAGGUACAAAGUCUGCUUUGGGUCAGUUUGUUUUUCAUUUUAGUUAAUUCAGGAUACAAAUCCAUUUGAGACGGAAAUAUUGGAAACUGCCAAUGGUGUUCUGAGGUACAUUUCUAUCAUUGUGUUUAAUGGAGGCCAGCUGUUAUAUGGAGUCGUCAUGAAGGUGUCUGCAGUAUUUUUUAGGUAUGCUGGUCAUGUGCAGGUUAAUCCUCAUCUCUAACUCUUUCGUAACAGAAUGUCUAGAGCCAUGGCAAGCAGUGAGUCCUUUACACCUUGUAAAUACAGCCAGCUUCUGGUAACUAAUGUGAAGGAAGCAAAAUGGUUGAAUGAAGUAACUUUUCUUAACCUGGGUUCCUUGUCUUUCUCUGGCUCUCUCUUUCUGACUGUAAAGUGAUAGCAACCUGUAGAGGAUUUUCCCAGACCGUUAUUGUUCUUAACCGACUAUCUGGACUGAUCACUAAUAUCAUUAAAAUGUUGUUUAAGUAAUCCACA